GUACAACUCUACCCAUACAGUCACAGCAACUAACAGAAAUUAACACUUGCUAAAGAACCUAACACACAGCCAACAGAAGAAGAUGAAGCUCUCCAUCCUGCUGAUGCUUGGCACUCUCGUUGUGCUCAUUAAAGGCAUGCCGCCGAUCAACAGGGACUACAACACGCACUGUCGGUGUCUUCAGGUGGAGUCAAGGAUCAUCCCUCCAGACAGCCUGAAGAGCAUCAAACUGAUCCCUGAGGGGCCCCACUGUGCGGAAAAAGAAGUCAUAGCCGACUUGGUGAGUGGGGAGAAGAUCUGUCUGAACCCUCGGUCCACCUGGGUGAAGAAGCUGGUCCAAUUUGUCCUGGAGAGACACUUGCGCCAGCAGGGGACACCUCCCAAGAACAAAGCAUAAAGCAGCUGUUAUGUUGCAAAUCAACACUGUAGUGCAGUGAAAGCUGAUAUCUGCACCUAUGAGCCACACAAUAUUAAACCACUUUGUUGAGUCACUGUUUUCUUUACCAUUUGUUUGUUUUCCUUAAACAUGUUCCUGUUUUUAAUACAGAUUUACUUACUAUUGUUUGGGUUAGAAAGAACUGCAUUUCUACUAAAUGUUUUGUAUUUUUCUUAUUAAUUAUGUAACUGUAUUGUUAAAUUUUUAAAAAACAGAAAACAACUGUGCAAUAAUAAGUGAACCAUUGACACUCGACUAAAUGUUUCUUAUAAUUCACUGUGCUUUUAAAGAGUUUGAAUGUAAAGAAAGACUUUAUGACUUUUCUAAUACUGUUUGUAGCAAAUAUGUAGCAUUACAAUACUGUUAUUCUUGUCCAAUACAAUUUUUUGUGAAGCCAAGUGGAGUUUUAAUUAUCAAAUCAAUCAAAUAUAUGUUUAAAAUGUAAAUCAAGAUGUUUCUUGUAUUCA